CUUUACCGACUGCUCUAAUUCUAGGCAGUCGGUAAAAGAUUUUUGUAAUUAAAAUAUAUCGUGCCUUUGCCGACUGCCUUGCCCAUUAGCAGUCGGCAAAGGACUUUAACCUAAAAGGUCAGCCCAUAUCCAUGCCGACCUUUUAUUUUCUAAAAAAAAAGAAUCGAGCGCCCGCAUCCAGCGCGCCCCGCGCCCGCACGCAGCGCAGCGCCGCCGCCGCAGUCCCGCCGUCGGCCGCGCCCCGGCCGCCUCCCCUGCGCCCUGCGCUCGCACCUCCCCUGCGCCCUGCGCUUGCACCCGUGCCUCCUCCCCUGCCGUUGACCGCCCGCCCGCCUGCCCGCUUCGAUCCGGCCGCUUCGAUCCGGCCGCUUCGGUCUGGCCGCUCCGGCCCCAGCCGCUUCGGUCGCCCGCCCGCCCGGCCGCUUCGGUCCGGCCGCUCCGGCAGCCCCGCCGCGCCGCGCCCUCGAGGAUCCGCUCCUUGUGGCUGCCGGAUCUACAGGGCGUCGGGGGAGAACCCCUCCGUCACAGUGCGUUUCGAGGUCAAGGGUCCACAGGAAAGCAGAAGGCAGGGCAAGGGUCCUAAUCUGCCGUCGUUGAUGGCGUUGCCACUCCCAGAUAUUUGAGCUGGAUCACCCGAACGUGUUCAACCAAACAUUAAGUUUACGGAAUAUAUGGCGAUUGAGGAUGAGCUGCGAUCUCUCCACGCGGUCAUGAUUACUUGAUAUGAUAUAAUUAAGCUAACUAAUUCUAGAUCCAUAUACUUAUGAACAUUUCAAAGUGGAAAGUGACAUGUUAGAAUUAACAGCUAGCUAGUUCACUGAUGCUUCGUACCUCUGUAAUAAACUAAUAGCCACCAAAUUUAUAGGACUAACAUGUCUUUGUUUUCUUUGUUGGUCAUAUCUUUGAAUGCAAUUAGGACGGUUGCUAAUUUAGUUGAUAAAGAAGUUUAUUAAAUAAUAAGCUUGGUAAGCUUUUCCCCAUAGAAAAAAUAAUCACAUUAUUUUAGCUUGUGCCUAAUGCUUAUUAGAUAGCUUGUUUAGUUAGAGGGUUUGUAGAUUUCCCUUUCACUUAAUUGACUAGAACAUCUCUGAAAACUCAGUCAGGUCUGCACAUAGCUAAAUUCUUAUGUCUAAUAUGUUUGUUGAUGACACUCAAACUUAUUUUGGGGGUCCUGCAUCCAAUCCUAUAGGAACUUGUUAGGCUCUUAUGGUGCACUUGGUAUGUGCCACAUAUUGUUUCUUCUUCUUAUUCCUAGCAUGCAUCAAGAAACUUGCCUUGUGGAAUGUUGAUGUGCUCUUCAUUUCUUUGGAUUAUGAAAGUUUCUGUCAAUUGUAAGUAGUAUUUAGUUAAUGAAAAAAUUUGUGUCAUUUUGGU